CCGCGGUGUAAAUGAGCGCAUACUGCAGAGAAGUGUCUGUGUUUGUGCCACGAAGAAAAGCAGAAAAACUCACAGGAUAAAAUCACAUCUGAAGUAUCGAUCCGGCUCGUGAACGACAUGGCGGCCAUUCGGAAGAAGCUGGUGAUUGUGGGCGAUGGAGCGUGUGGGAAAACCUGUCUGCUCAUUGUGUUCAGUAAAGACCAGUUUCCUGAAGUCUAUGUCCCCACUGUGUUUGAGAACUACAUCGCUGACAUCGAAGUGGACGGAAAACAGGUGGAGUUGGCGCUGUGGGACACGGCGGGACAGGAGGACUAUGACCGGCUCAGACCUCUGUCCUACCCCGACACUGACGUCAUCUUAAUGUGCUUCUCCAUCGACAGCCCUGACAGUUUAGAAAAUAUUCCAGAAAAAUGGACACCCGAGGUCAAACACUUCUGUCCGAACGUCCCGAUCAUCCUGGUGGGGAACAAGAAAGACCUGAGGAACGACGAGCACACGAGGAGAGAGCUCGCCAAAAUGAAGCAGGAGCCAGUGAAGCCGGAGGAAGGCAGAGAAAUGGCCACGAGGAUCGGAGCCGUGAACUGCUUGGAGUGCUCCGCUAAAACUAAAGAAGGAGUGAGAGAAGUGUUUGAGAUGGCCACAAGAGCAGCCCUCGAAGUCCGCAAACGCAAGAAGAGAAAGGGCUGCGUGGUUCUGUGAAGAGCCCGGGCCUUUCCAUACGACACGUCAAUAAGAAAAGGACUGUCCUUUUUACCAAAUGACAUGUUUGCUCUGUCUCUACAGACUCAUGCAGAAGCCAUGACACAGGAAAUGGACAUUGUCUCCAAAUGUGCUUAGUUCAUGUUGAUUUUUUUAAACCGUCUUUGCAAAUACUUUUUCUUUAUACUUGUAACGAGGCAAUGAUAGAUGCACAUGUUUGUUUUUCACCAGCUUUGGCACGAGGUCACGCUAGCUUUCACAUAUUCAUACGUUUUGUCUCUUGAACGAUGUUUGUUUGUGCAGCAGUUAAUGGAAAAAAAACAGUCUUUUCAGGUGCCUUCUCCUACGUUUGCACAUUCUCGGUGUUUUCAUAACUGCGGCGAGCUAACGCUUCAAACCACGUCGUACUGUAGCUCCAGCGAUGACUGUUCUGUCUCCUCCAAACCCGAGCAAAGCCAUACGCUCGGCUCCUGACGCCGUCGACGGAGCUGCGAGUUCAUCUUCGUUCCUCCGGCAUCAGUGUUUCCUUGACGUUUGCCAUGUUUAGUCUGCUCCUGAUGAAACUUGUUCUUUUGAGCGCAGCCUCGUCUCGUAACACGUCCCGGCUUCAUAAAUCGUUAUCUGUGUAGUGGACCCAGAUGGAAGGAUCAGAGCUGUCCAGUGGUGAGACGCAGCCAGAAUGAACUCAACUAUGCACAAAGGCCGUUACAGAGCGCCGAGGCCUGGCAAAAUGUCCCUUGUUUAUUCAUCGCGAGUGACUGAGUCGAGCUCUUCUUAUGCCACAGUGAGUCGAGUGUCACACCCCCAGUUGGAAUCUGUUUUGCACGGGAACGGUCGGUCAUGGAAAUAAAGUUGUUACCCAUC